CGGAGGGAGGCAGCGCUACCGCACGCACAACAGACAUGGCAGCCGCCCGGCCGACUGUGGGUACCGUACCGCUGGGAUCAGGAGCUCCUUUCUUCCCGAGACCUCUGCAUGCUCCCCAAGGCCUGGCUGGCACGCGCCAUGUGCUACCCGUUUACAUGCACCCCCUCCCCACCGUACCUCAACUGUCAGUUCCCGGUCCCGGUACCUAUUCCCUGCAGUCCUCACUUUGGCCUCCCAACCAUGGGUUUAGGCAUGGCCAUGUUGCCGAUGCCGCCGAACCAUUACAUGGAAGUUCCUGGGUAUGUUCUGCAGUCUCCCCAGCUCCCUUUGGCCGACUUCAGGCAGGUGGUGGACCCUUCCCUCCUCAUGAAUCUUUAUCCCCAGCGGUUCAGACCGCCAAAUCCGGGCUCGAUGCAGGUGGUCAGCUCGGGGGUGCAGACGGAGCCACCAGCCGCUGUCGAGCAUGUCACCAAAUCGGACAUGAGGUCUGAGUCUGGGAGGGGGACUUGUUGUGCGGCCUCAGGGUCCCCUCUGACUUCUCCAGGCUCCACCCCCCAAACCAGUGUCUACUUACAGCCAGAUAACCAGGCAGGUCUGGGGCAUGAGGACUAUGUCACCCAGGAGGACAUCAGAAGGGCUUGUGGUGAAGUUCUGCCAAAGGGUGUUUGCCUGCACAUGCCUCUGGUGGAGUUGUCUGCUCUGAAGGGAUCUGCUGGCUCACACUCCGCGCAGGGUGACUGUAGGCCAGCAGAUGGCGCCGUCUUUGCAUACAGACCCCCACUGCAUAGCAGUAGCCACUGUACAGAUGUAGAUGGGGGAAAGCGACGAGUUCCAGACCUCUUGGCGCGGGAGGCGUCCCAGUCGUACAGCUUGGAGGGCCACGAGCGGGGGGGCGCAUCGGCACCAGAUCUGAGCCCGGUACAUGUCAAAUCGUCCGUAUGGGACAAGGAGGAGGAGGAAGAGCAGGCAAGCGAUGCUGAAGACGAGAUGUUUAAGAUAGUCAGGCUGCCCUUUGAUGGGCAGUUUGCGGCGGCAUGGCGGGAAGUGGCGGAGCAGUCCGUGUGGUCCGUCGGGUCCCUACCUUCGCUUGUUCCCUCGCCACAAUGGCUGGCACGGCACGGGCUUGCGCCCGGUGAGAGUGGGUCCGCGGAAGCCUGUGUGGCUCGCUCGAAGCCGGGUGACGACGUGUCGCUGGUGGUCGCUGUGACGGAAGAGCGCCAGCGGUACUCGACGUCGUCGGACUCGCUGCCUCCCUACGUUCCCGCAGCGAGCUGGCUGUCCGAGUUCAGGCACGUGCACUGCUGCGGCUGGGCCUUUCCUGGAGCCCGGGAAUGCUGCGCCGCCUCUCGUGGACCACGGGGAAGGCAAGUGAGAAGCCAUGCAGAGCAGCAGAGGCCCCAGCUGCGUCUAGGGGAGGGGGGGUCUGGAUCAGGCUGAGGGGCUGGAAGCAGGAGCUGCAAGGGGCUGGAAUAGAACAUUGGCCUGCCAGAAAUGUACAAAUGGAGAACUGGUUUUAAAUGACUUUUUGAACAUUUAAUAAAUAGUAAAUAUGACAAACAA